UUUCACUUGAUUUCAUUGGAAAUUAUCACAGUUCCGGUUUAUAAAAAGUAAUGUUUUGUUUCAUGUGCUGGUGCUCAACAGUGCCGAUCGUCUUGGUUUGGUGACACUUUCUAACUGGAUUUGAUUGAUUAUAAACCGAAUGGCUUUCGACUCAAAGAUUAAUUUUUCGUUCGUGAAAAUAGAUGCGGGGUUAAUUGAUCCAGCUUCGACCACACGAUUCAUUUUACCAUGUUGAGCUGAGCACUGGCCAAUAUUUUGUAGAUUAUACCAGAAAAAGAAAAUAUCAAACAAUGGAGUGUGAUAAAGGAGAAGAAUUUCCUGGGCAGGGAAUCCAAAGUGAUGAAGAACGCCCUGUUUGAGUUGUCAUGGAGAGUUGUAAAUGGCCAGAUGAAGGUCGAGUCUGCAAUCAACGUUCUGGAGGAUCUAUGCGAAAAUGUGAAAGAACUACCAGUGGCCAUUGCAGACGUGUUUUCCAUUCUAGAUAUUGAGCUGUCUGUUUUAGAGGAUACAAAUCAAAGGGACAAAUUCAUCUCCCUUGUUUCUGGAUGUGAGAAAUUUGUGGCAUCAUCACUACUGAAAGAGAGACUGGAUUUGGAAACUCUAGAAAGCCUUGGUUUGCUGGCAUCAAAGAGUCAGUUCAACCAGAAAUAUGUCAAAACAAAGACAAAGCUCUAUUACAAGCAGAAGAAAUUUAAUUUGUUGAGAGAAGAGAGUGAAGGAUAUGCUAAAUUAAUAGCAGAGCUGAAUCAGGAAAUUACAGAGAAAAUUACAGUGGAUCAGAGUGUGGAAAAUCUCAAGUCUCUGAUUGGUUGCUUUGACUUGGAUCCUAACCGAGUGUUGGAUGUUUUGCUGGAAUCGUUUGAGUGCCGGCCUCACCUGGAGAACUUUUACGUCCCGCUGUUCAAGGAGUACGUGACGGAACGCAAGACUCUCUGUCACAUCCUGGGAUUCAAGUUCCGCUUCUUUCAGGAUGAAGAAACUCCCACCAGUUUAUACAAGGUAGCUGCUUUGUUGCUGCAACACAAUUUGAUUGAUCUGGAAACUCUCUAUCCACACCUUCUCCCUGCGGACGCCAAAAUCAAGGAGUAUCACCAGAAGGAGGCUGACGAGGCCAAGGCGUACGUCCGUAAACUCAGCGUGGUCAAUCUGGCCGAGAAAUCGGAGGAAGUCAAAGAGCCAGAGGUGGUCAAGAUCGACUUGUAUGUGACCAAUCAGAAGCUUGGAUUGUGUGAAGCCUUGCUCAGCCUUGGGGUAUGGGAUAGAGCAAAGGAGAUCCUGGACAAGCUCCCCGAGUUCUUUGGCACCGUUCACAAGCCUAUCGCCACCGGACUGUGUGCCAUGGUUCAUUGUAUGAUGGACACACUCUAUAAAAAUAACGCAGGCUUGCCUAAAAAGAUCCUGAAGGGGAAGUUGUCCGGAGACAAGAACUUGUUGAGGAAUAUCCGGGAGGUGGACUCCUACCGCUCGCUUCACUCUGAAGUGUUCCCAGUGAUGCGUUACAUCGGACCCUACACCUCCUGUGAUCCCGUGCUACUGGUCAAAAUCAUCCGACUCGGAAAGUGCUUCAUGACCAAGAGACAGAGUGGGGGUAUAACUCCCGAGGAUGACGUGGCAUACUAUGGCUUCCUGAACAUGCUGGAUGAGGUCCUGUUACCCAGCAUGUCCCUGCUCCCCGGUAACUGUUGCCUCUCGGAGGAGCUGUGGAGCUUCCUCAAACUCUUCCCUUACGAACUAAGGUAUCGACUAUAUGGGAACUGGAAGAAUGACUACAGCCAGCAUCCUAAACUAGUGAGGAUCCGUGCCGACUGUCUGGAGCGAGCUAGGUACCUCAUGAAACGCAUCUCCAAGGAGAAUGUGAAGCAAUCAGGGCGACAGUUGGGAAAACUCAGCCACAGUAAUCCGGGCGUGCUGUUUGAAUAUGUGCUGUCCCAAAUUCAGACCCACGACAACUUUAUCGGCCCAGUGGUGGACUCCCUCAAGUACCUGACUUCCCUGUCGUACGACAUGCUGGCUUACUGCAUCAUUGAUGCUCUGGCCAACCCAGACAAGAGCCGGAUGAAGUACGACGACACAAACAUAUCCAAGUGGCUCCAGAGUCUGGCAAACUUUGCUGGUUGUAUAUGUCGAAAAUACCAAGUAGACUUGGCUGGGCUGAUGCAAUUUGUAGCAAAUCAACUGAAAGCAGGGAAAAGCUUUGACUUGCUGCUGUUACGUGAGGUUGUCACUAAGAUGGCGGGGAUAGAAAUCUCUGAAGAGAUCACAGACGACCAGCUGAAUGCCAUGUCUGGGGGAGAGCUGUUGCGACAAGAGGGUGGAUAUUUUGCUCAAGUGAGAAACACCAAGAAGUCGUCCACAAGAUUAAAGGACUCCCUGUUGGAGCAUGACUUGGCCCUGGCCCUGUGUAUUCUGAUGUCUCAGCAGAGGGACGGUGUCAUAUACGAGGAGAGCGCAGAAAGUCACCUCAAGCUUGUAGGCAAGCUUUAUGAUCAGUGCCAGGACACGUUGGUACAGUUUGGGAGUUUCCUCUCCAUGCAGCUGAGCACGGAGGAGUUUGUGAAGCGGCUGCCGACCAUCGACACACUGAUCACCGCCUACCACGUCCCCGCGGAUGCCGCCUUCUUCUUAUGCCGUCCUCAGUACACAUAUGCAAUCAAUUCGAAAUUUGAUGAACUUCGCAAAACAGACAAGAACAACAAACAGUCGGGAAGUCAGCUAAAGCAACAAAGAUACAUAGAGGCGGCUGAUGAGGUGAUGCAGCCCGUCGUGGAGCUGAUCCGCCCAAUAUAUAGUCCCCGCGUGUGGGAAGACCUCAGUGCCACCUUCUUUGUGACGUUCUGGUCCAUGUCUAUGUAUGAUCUGGCCGUCCCCACCACAGUGUAUGACAAACAGAUCCAGCAGUUGACCUCUCAGAUCACAGCUAUUGAGGACAACGAGGACCUGCCCCAGAGCAAGAAGAAGAAAGAGAAGGAGAGAUGCAGCAGUCUGAUCGCCAAGCUGAAGGACGAGAUGAAGAAGCAGGGCGACCAUUGCAGUCGAGUGAUGGCCCGGCUCAAAGCCCAGAGGGACUCCUGGUUCAUCUCACGGUCCACAAAGAACGAGACCAUCACCCAGUUCCUCCAGCUGUGUGUGUUCCCCCGCUGUUGUUUCACUGCCUCAGAUGCCGUGUACUGUGCCAAAUUUAUCCACAUCUUACACGAUCUGAAGACCCCCAACUUCUCCACUCUCAUCUGUUGUGAUAGGAUAUUCUGUGAUAUCACGUACACGGUGACCAACUGCACUGAGAACGAGGCUCACAGGUACGGACGAUUCCUGUGUGCGUCGCUGGACACCAUUAUGAAGUGGCACAGUAGUAAAGAGAUCUAUGACAAGGAGUGUGCUGCGUACCCCGGGUUUGUGACGGUGUUCAGGAAGGGCACAGACAGUGUCAAUAUCGCCGACCAGCUGGACUACGAAAACUACCGCCAUGUCUGCCACAAGUGGCACUUCAGAAUCACCAAGGCUAUGGUGGCUUGUUUAGAGUCGGGGAACUACAUCCAGAUACGCAACGCUCUGAUUGUCCUCACAAAGAUCUUGCCCAACUAUCCCAAGAUUCAGCAGUUUGGACAAGCGUUGGAGAGAAGAGUGGACAGACUCCGACAGGACGAGAAAGGGAAACGACCUGAUAUCUACGCCCUGGCCAUGAUGUACUCUGGUCAGUUGAAGGGGAAGAAGAGUAUCUGGGUACAGGAGACAAUGUUCCACCACAAAGAGAUGAAAGGAAGUCAGAAGAAGCAGGGGGGCUUGUCCUCUAAACAAGACUCCAAGGCCAAUGGGGAGACCAAGUCCUCCAAGGAGAACGGAGAGGUGAAAGAAUCUAGCAAAGACAAGAAGUCAGAGAAGAAAGAGAAGUCAGAGGGAAAGUCCAAGUCUGAAAAGAAGGACGAGGACAAGAAAGACCCUGGAACAAAGAAAAGUUCCAAAGACAAAUCAAAAGAUAAAGAAAAAUCAAAAGAGGAGAAAUCUCACAAGGAGGACAAGUCGUCCACCCACAAAGAGAAGGCGAUCAAGAGGGAGGUAGAGGAAGACGGAGAGAGGGGCCAGAACAAGGAGAACAAACGCUCCAAGGAGGAGGCUGCCGACAAGGUUGAGGUAAAAAUUCGAGUCAAAGAAGAAGCCCAGGAGUGGACAGAGAGAGAUGUCAGGGACAUAAGGGAAGGUCACGACUUCAGCCAUGGUGACUUCAAGGUCAAAGAGGAGAAGCUGGAGAAGAUCAAGAUCAAAAGGACACACAGUCCGUCAGAGGUCAAGGACAGGGAUCACAAGGACCACCGUCUGGAGCGGGCGUCCAGCAUCGGCUCCCAGGAAAGUCGCGGCUCGUGGCGAAGUCCCGAAGGGUCGACCAAGUUACACGAAGACAGAGAUACAAAACGUCGAAAAGUGGAAAGUGCUUCAGCUUCGGGGUCAAAGGACCGUGAUCACAGCGAGACUCGGGAACGCCCCAGAAAGAGUCCGUCAAACGAGAGAGAGCGGGAGAGGAAGGACAGGAAGAGAACCAGUUUGGAUUACGCAGAUGAUAGAUGUGAGGGAGAGGUGAAACGAAGGAGGAGUGCCGAGCCCCAACACAGUCAUUCCAGUUUCAGAAUCAACGGAGAUUCCGACAAACACAGCAAGCGGGAACAGUCACGAGACAGGCUGGACGGCCAUGCAAAGGAGGAGGCUGCAGAAGACGGUCCACACAAGAGUAAGUCCAAGGAGAAGAGUAAAAACAAGGACAAGACACGCGACAAAUCUAGUUCAUCCAAGAAGAGCAAGAAGUGAGGCCCAGUGUGGAACUAGAGCAGUGCUAGAUUUAUAGACACUGACCCUGACCCGCCGUACCCCACACUGUGGUCUGUACCAGUCACAGUGGGGGCGGGUCCACUCAUUUUAUACAACCUAGAGUUGUGUAUUCGUUAUUAUGUCUGAAACAGACAGAAAGUCUUGUAAAAAUUAUGUUUUUAUGUAAAAAGUGAAGAACAACUGUAUACAUGUUGAUAAAAAAAAUGCAAAAGCAAA